GACUCGUAAUCGCUGUUUCGAUAUUUACCUGGCGCGCCCGCGAUAUUGCGACAAUGGCUUCCAAACGUGCAGUCCAACUCUUCGGCGCCCGCUCAAAUACCUCGGUCAUAGGGCGACAAACUUCGCGAUUGAGCUUCAACACUGCAUACACUUUCAGUCUUGCGUCGCGACAACAACACACAUGUGUAUCGCAGAACAGGGUCGCAGCGCCGCGAGGUCCUUCGAGACUGCAAGUAGCGACUGUACAGAAGAGAUGGCAUUCGCAGGCACCAAGCGAUGUGCAGCUAAACAAAGUCUACCAGUUUGAAGACGUCCUGCACACCCUCGAACACCCCUCCGACUCCCGCCUUCUCAUUGAUGUGCGCGAACCGCAUGAGUUCGAGGCCAACACGAUUCCCACUUCCAUCAACAUCCCCGUCACAUCGCAGCCCGACGCGCUACUCCUGAGCGAAGAAGAUUUCGAGGAUCGCUUUGGAUUCCAGAAGCCGCCCAAGGCAAAGGAAGUGGUAUUUUUCUGCAAAGCGGGGGUGCGAAGUUCAGCUGCGGCAGGUAUUGCGAGACAAGCCGGAUAUUUAAAUGUUGGAGAGUACCGCGGCUCGUGGCUCGACUGGCAGAAGCGCGGUGGCCCAGGCACAAAGUCACCGCCAAAACCAGAUGGAAGGGGUGAGCCCAAGGAGCCUACGACGGAAACAAAACCCACGGCUAGGACUGGUAGCAGCGGAGAGGAGGAUGUAGGGCCUGCGGGACAGCCUGUACCGCCACCUGGUCCUACUGGGCGACAGUAG